AUGUCCGCUCAAGUGUUGUCCCAGCUUCCAGCUCUCCAGGCUACCGUUGCACCAGACUGCAAGAUUUUGCAAAACUCUGAGUGCCCCGAAUUCCACCAACGUUUGAGGCGCUGGACUGAAAUCGACCACCAAACGCCGACUGCGAUCAUCUUGCCAAGCACCGAAGAAGACUGUCUUAGAAUUGUUCAAUGGGCACUUCGGUUCUCCAUCCCGUUUGGCGGCGUCAUUAUUGAUCUGAGUGAUUACGCCGGUGUUUCGGUAGAUGAAGCAGCAAGAACGGCCACCUUGGUCGGUGGAGUGCUGUCCAAACAGGUGGGCCUGCGCCUCGCGGAAGCAGGGCUAUUUACAGCCCUCGGAAACGGCAACACCGUCGGCGCAAUCCCGUACUUCCUCGGCGGAGGCGCAUCCAUCACCUCCUCCAUCACGGGACUUGGGUCUGAUCAAAUAAUCUCCGCGCGGGUCAUUACCGCCAGGGAGGGUGGAACACUGGUGGAGGUAACAGAGUCCGAUAAUAUCGAUCUUCUGUGGGCGUUACGAGGUGCGGGACAGUUCUUCGGGCUGGUCACCCAGCUUACCAUCCGUGCUCACCCGCUCUCCUUGCUGCGCAAGCGGGCAGGUUUGAUCUGGGUCGGCGCGUUUGUCUUCCCACUGAACCGUGCGGUGGAGAUCGCUCGUGUGAUGAAGCCGCUCAUGGCGGACGGACAGCACGCGACGUCUGGCUUGAUGAUGAUCAUGGCCUCUCCACCGGCCCGCGUCCCCUCGUUGGUCAUCUCGGCGCGGUACACGGGUGACGAGGAUCCGCAUGUACCCUUUGGGCCAUUGUACGAGCUGCAGCCGGUGAUGGUGACUGGAGGGGAGGUACCAGUGCAGAAUGCAAGCGAUGCGCGGGAGGUCCUGUGCGCUAAGGGUGACUUUAAGCAGUUUGGCGUUGUGGGGCUGCAUGAGUUCAGUGUGGAUGGUUUUAUGCACACGGUCGAGGUUUGGAAGAGGAUGGUUGAUGAGUGCCCGGACGCAAUUAAGACUGCCUUCAAUUUCCAGUGGGAUGCAAGGCCUGUUAAGACGCCCGACAUGGAUUCGGCCCAGUCACUCCAUGAUAUUCGCUACUGGCAGAACAACUUGAUUUGGCAUACAGAUGCAGCCAGCCGGGGCAAGGUAGAUAGCUAUAAUGAACAGUGCAUUGCCAUCAUGCGUGGGUCGGACGAGUCGCGGUUUGUGGACUUCCAAAAUGGAACCCGCAUUGGGCCCAUCGAGAGACGGUACCGUGGGGAAGCGCGGCUCAAGAAGCUGCGACGGUUGAAACGAGAGUGGGAUCCUGAAGGGGUGUUCACUCGGCAGUUGCUUGAUUGA